UGUGCAAUUCAUUUCAUUCAUUCACAUUUUCUUUCUUUCGAAUUCACAAUUUGUCAAUUUCUGUGUAAUGUGUUGUGUGUGUGAUAGUUAAAUUUAUAUUCUAUUUAUAUAAUAAUAACAAUGAAUUUUAAAAUUUAUGAAUAUAUAAUAAAACAAAUAUGAUAAUCGUGGCGACUGCAACUAGUAGUCUUCUUAGAACUCCUAAAAUAUUAUUCAGUUUUUGAUAUUAGUUGAACUUAAGAUUAUUUAUUAUAAAAAUGGAUUGGAUUAUCUCGGAUGAGUUGGGGCUUACUGUUGGCCAUCUUGUGGGUUGGGGUGCAGCAGGCGCUAUGAUCGUGGGAGGUGUAGCCCCAUAUAUUCCCCAAUAUAAACAGAUUAAAAGGACACAAGACGCUGAAGGCUUCUCAUUAUAUGUUUGCUUGGCACUCCUAAUAGCAAACACUUUAAGAAUAUUGUUCUGGUUUGGUAAACGAUAUGAGUUACCACUACUAAUUCAGAGUAUUGUUAUGAAUGUCACAAUGUUUGUGAUGAUCCAUCUGUGUGUAACAGUUCGCAAAAAGAACCAAAUAAUAAGGGCAAGAGAGCGAAUAUUCACAGGUGCAAUAUUUAUGUUAUAUAUACUGUUGUGUUGUGUAAAUGGAUCAGACCAGCCGGACGAAACAGCACGCUGGUUGGACCAACGUACCGGUAUAACAACUAGAGAAAAACCGCAUCGCUUUUAUGAUAUGGAGAGGAAAUAUUUCUGGGCGUGGACGGACUUCCAGAGUUACCUAGACUGCAUGCUGGUGUUCUCUGUGUUCGGUGCCGCAGUCACAUAUCUCCUAAUAGAGUUUUCACCGUUCGUGGAGCUAAUAGGGUUCCUUGCGGUAUUCACGGAGGCAAUGCUGGGCGCACCGCAAAUUGCCAAAAACCAUCAAAAUAAAAGCACAGAAGGGAUGAGCGUCAGCAUGGUGGUCAUGUGGACAUGUGGUGACAUAUUCAAGACUGCAUAUUUCGUUUUAAGAGAGGCACCAACACAAUUUUGGGUGUGUGGGAGUCUUCAAGUCACUCUAGAUAUAGUAAUACUCUUCCAAGUGUGGUUGUAUCGCCAUAACACGGCAGCAGCACGCCGAGUGCGUCGCGGCGACUAGCAGUGGACUGAAACUGACUUAUAGCAGUCGCCGCGCAAUAUACACUACACUCGUUCGCGAAACACACUACACUACGCGUGUCCACGCAAAAAUUUACACUAUCGCCGACGAAGACUCCGCUCACACAGCUGCUUAUGACGUCGUCACCACUCUUCAAGAGGUUGUAUAUGAUUGAGCAUAACCUAUAGAGCGAUUUAUCUACCUACAAUUGUUUGUGUAGAUUAAAAUCUACUGUCUUAAACCAGAAUUUCUCAAAGUAUUUUGUUUGUAACGGUUGACUGUUGAAUUUAAUUUAAUUCUACAUUAAAAUCGAGUUUUACAAUAUUCGUACUCAAUUCUGAGAAGAAGCAAUAAUUUUGUAUUGUUAAAUAAAUAUGCUUUAGCAACAUUAAAAUUAAAUACUUAUCAUUGUUUUUGACGUUCAAUGUUUGACAAACUCUGUCUUAUGGAUGUGUAUGAUCGGAAACGUCUCUACUCAUUUAAUUCAGAUAAAUACAUAUAAUGUAUUUAUGUGAUAAAUCUUUUGAAAAUUAAAUGCGUUUAAUGAUUAUUUUUCACUCUUACAAAAUUACUCGUACUUUGGAGUUCCGGAAGUGCGGUGCUAAAGGUUUGUGCCUCAAAACAAAUAAUAAAAAAAAAAAAAAAAGACCAACGAUGUUUCUAUAUUCCUCGAUAAGUUAAAGGAGUUUUUAAUAGACUUACCAUGAAUUUCGAAGAGAUUUUGAAAUUUUACCUUGUUAGUGUUUUACUAGUCUUUCUUUAAGCAAAACUAACAUUUACACUAGGUAAGUGACAGCUUAUUGUAAUCAUAGCGUAAUUUUAUCAACGAAUGAAAAAUAAAAAAUUAAAUUCAGUACAUUGAUAUUUAUUGUAAUUAUCGUUAAUUUCUAUGAAAUGUAAUGUGACGCUAUAAUAUUAUCUUAAUAUUAUUUCAUAAGUUCAAGUACAUAAGUACAAGUUAAUUACUAUUUAUGUAUAGAUAUACAUAGUUUAAUU